GUCAUCACCGACAUAAAAAAUCGUUAUACUAACUGGCAGUACCCGUUUCGGGUUCUGGGAUUUAGUUUUCUUCAUGUGCUCCAGCUUCCGCUCGUUGCUGCCAGCUCUCCGCGGAGUCGCUGCUAGAUGUCCUCCGUCACAAAUCUACACAUCUUUGAGAACAUAUGCUACUGAAGCAGCACCAGGUUACGACCACAAGCCUUCACAUUACGGUCAACCGCUCUUUCAGUCACACCCCCACCUACGUGAGCUUAAACCUUCUGGUUCACUUCCUACAUCGUUAUCAAAGCCAAGACAGUUAGGCCCAAUGAACUCACACCUGGGAUUCCGUCUGAAGAGUAUGAGCGCCGUCGGAAAGAACUUAUGGACAGCCUACCUAGCAAUAGUGUGGUGGUUCUGAUUGCUGCACCUGUUAAAUACAUGAGCGGAAAUAUAUUUUACAAAUACCGCCAAGGAUCCGACUUCUGGUAUCUCACUGGCUUUGAAGAACCCGAUUCUGCUGUUGUCCUAGAGAAGAAUGCGUCUUCUCGAGGAUAUAGAAUGACACUGUUCUCCAAUGGAAAGGACUCUGCGAAAGAGAAAUGGGAUGGUCCAAGGACAGGCUUCGAUGAUGCUCUGAAUGUCUUUAAAGCGGACGACGCGCUAACAAUAAAGGCUUUUCCUGGUCAACUGCGAUCCAUGAUUAGCCUCUACUCUAAUGUUUAUAUUGACCUUCCCCAGUCUCCACGCAAAAAUGCGCGUUCCACCAAGUCAUUACUUCGGUACCUCUCGCCUUCUGUCAAUCCUCGGUCGGAGUAUGAGAGUGUCGUGGAGUCGUUGUCAAGCUCUCGGCGGAAACCUCUUGCUCCUCUCAUUGCCCAAUUAAGAGCAUUCAAGAGUGUCUGCGAGCAACAAGUCAUGAGAAUGGCCGCUGACAUUAGCGGUCGCUCCCAUGCGAAGACAAUGCGCUUUACACGACCCGGCAUCUCAGAAAGUGCACUGGCAGCUCAUUUUGAAUAUUUGUGUAGUCUAUCAGGUUCACAGCGCCUUGCAUAUGUCCCCGUUGUUGCAUCUGGGCCAAAUGCACUCAUCAUACAUUAUACAUCGAACAAUCAAGUUGUACAAGAUGGUGAAAUGAUUUUGAUGGACGCUGGAUGUGAAUAUAACGGUUACGCGUCUGAUAUCACCCGCACAUAUCCAGCCAAUGGAUCAUUUACACCUCCGCAAAAGGAGCUAUAUAGCGCAGUGCUAUCUGCGCAGAAGACUCUUGUGGGGCUAUGCACGGAGGCAGAGGGAUUGAGUCUUCAUGACUUGCAUAGAAAAUCUUGCGACCUCCUCAGACAGGAGCUGAAACAGAUAGGCUUUACUCUCCAUACAGGAGAUCUGGAGAGAGUACUUUACCCCCAUUUCCUCAGUCAUCCAAUUGGGAUUGAUUUACAUGAAUCAUCAUAUUCAGACAGAGGAGAACUGUACGUACAUCUCGUAGUUUUGUCCUCGUUAGAUAUAGAGUUCACCAUCUAUACAAGAUUGAAAGCUGGGAUGGUAAUUACUGUAGAACCAGGAAUAUAUGUCCCGCCUACUGCCCAAUUCCCAAAGCACUUCCAUAACAUUGGCAUUCGGAUAGAGGACGAAGUCCUUGUUGGCGAGAAACACCCCGUGGUUCUCAGUGUUAGUGCACCAAAGGAGAUUGCAGAUGUAGAGGGUGCAUGUCAGGGACUACUAGGACUGGAGCCAAUUUGAGGCUGGAGAAUCAUACAUACAUCUAGAUCUCGCCCAACCUACGUGCCCCAAGAUAACAUCACUCAUCAUCAGGAUGAUCGACUGUCUCAUACGCCUUGAGUAUCUGCUCCUUUCUGAGCCACUUUUCUUCAGGAGUGAAGUACCAGCUCAAGAAAGCAAAAAUGGAAAUUGCGCCAAAGAUGACGGUGGC